GGAUCAGACAUUGACGAGGAGCUGAGAAAGACGAGACCGGUAUCAAUAUUGUUCCCUCCUGUUCUUGGAGGGUGAGAGUGCUCCCUGGGGGGACUGCUAUCAGGGCACACACAUUCUUCCUUGGAGGACUUUGGGGUGCACAAGCGCGGCGAUGUGUGGGGGACGCCCGGGUUUGGGGCGGCCCCUUUCCGGAACCGCUGGCUAGGAAGGAAGCCCUCGGCGUCCUGUGGCGUGUUUGCGGACAGAAACGUCUCCGGACCCGCGUUCUCAAAACUUACUUGACUUAUUGCGUUUCAUUCCAGCUUUCUGUGGUCAGCUUCUCCGGAGGAACUUUCCAGGUGCCUCCUGAGACAGCUUCUCACUGUUACAAGCAAGUGGAGUCUGGGGUGAGGCCAGAAGCAAAAGAGCAUUGAAAAUGUUGAAGGCUGUGCUGAAGAAGAGCCGAGAGGGAGGAAAGGGGAGCAAGAAGGAAGCAGGAGGUGACUUUGGUCCAGAGACUUCCACUCCAGUCCAGCCCCCUGGCCAUAGUGGUGACUUUUUGAGCAGUCUUCCUAUGGCAGAAGACAACUACAGGGUGAGCUUGGCCAAAGGAGUGUCAAUGUCUCUGCCUUCAUCACCCCUUCUGCCUCGACAGUCUCACUCUGUGCAAUCAAGAUCAAACAAAAAAUCCCCAGGUCCCGUCAGGAAGCCCAAGUAUGUGGAAAGCCCCAGAGUGCCUGGAGAUGCAGUCAUAAUCCCGUUCAGAGAAGGGGCCAAGCCAACCGAGCCCAGUGAGAAUGAAGCAAAGACCGAUAAUGAACCGAGCUGUUCGCCGGCAGCUCAAGAACUGUUGACAAGGCUGGGAUUUUUACUGGGAGAAGGGAUCCCAACUGCUACCCACAUAACCAUUGAAGAAAAAAAUGAAACCAUGUGCACAGCUCUGAGCCAAGGCAUCAGUCCUUGCUCCACACUAACAAGCAGCACCGCAUCACCUAGCACCGAUAGCCCCUGCUCAACCUUGAAUAGCUGUGUCAGCAAGACGGCAGCCAACAAAAGUCCCUGUGAGACCAUUAGCAGCCCUAGUUCCACCCUGGAAAGCAAGGACAGUGGAAUUAUAGCCACAAUUACAAGUUCAUCCGAAAACGAUGACCGGAGUGGCUCCAGCUUGGAAUGGAAUAAAGACGGAAGCCUAAGGUUAGGGGUACAGAAGGGUGUGCUUCAUGAUCGCAGGGCAGAUAAUUGCUCCCCAGUGGCAGAAGAAGAGCCCACGGGGCCAGCGGAGAGUGUGCUGCCCAAGGCUGAAGCCUCAGUUGGAGAUGGUCCAGUCCCUUAUUCUCAGAGCUCCAGCUCGCUAAUAAUGCCAAGGCCCAACUCUGUUGCAGCAACAAGCUCAACCAAAUUGGAAGAUCUGAGCUACUUAGAUGGACAGAGAAAUGCUCCUCUUCGAACAUCCAUUAGGUUACCUUGGCACAACACAGCUGGAGGUAGGGCACAGGAAGUCAAAGCGCGAUUUGCUCCCUACAAGCCACAAGACAUUUUGUUGAAACCCCUGUUGUUUGAAGUACCAAGCAUAACAACAGACUCUGUGUUCGUGGGAAGGGAUUGGCUCUUUCACCAGAUAGAAGAAAACCUGAAGAACACAGAGCUGACAGAAAACAAAGGCGCGGUGGUUGUUGGAAACGUGGGCUUCGGGAAGACGGCCAUCAUUUCCAAGUUGGUGGCGCUCAGCUGCCACGGAAGCCGCAUGAGACAGAUUGCUUCCAACAGCCCCGGCUCAUCACCUAAAACUUCAGAUUCUUCCCAAGAUCUUCCUUUCACCCCAUUGCUUUCACCGACUUCUGGAAGUGGCACCAACACAGCUAAGACACCCCUUGGGGUAGGGGCUGACACCCAGGAAAGCCAGAGACCAAGAGAAGAUGCAGCAAAACAGCUUGCUUCUAAGGUCGUGGCCUACCACUACUGCCAGGCCGAUAACACCUACACGUGUCUGGUGCCUGAGUUCGUGCACAGCAUCGCGGCUCUGCUCUGCCGGUCCCAUCAAUUGGCUGCCUACAGAGACCUGCUGAUAAAGGAGCCCCAGCUACAGAGCAUGCUGAGCCUGAGAUCCUGCGUGCAGGACCCAGUAGCCGCCUUCAAGAGGGGCGUGCUGGAACCGCUUGCGAGUCUGAGAAAUGAGCAGAAAAUUCCUGAAGAAGAAUACAUUAUUUUGAUAGAUGGCUUAAAUGAAGCUGAGUUCCAUAAACCUGAUUAUGGAGAUACGCUUUCUUCAUUUAUUACCAAAAUUAUCUCUAAAUUUCCUGCCUGGUUGAAAUUGAUUGUGACUGUACGAGCAAAUUUUCAGGAAAUUGUAAGUGCGCUGCCAUUUGUCAAGCUUUCCUUAGAUGACUUUCCUGACAACAAGGACAUUCACAGCGACUUACACGCCUAUGUCCAGCACCGGGUGCGCAGCAGCCAAGACAUCCUCAGCAACAUCUCCCUCAACGGCAAGGCGGACACGGCUCUCAUCUCAAAAGUGAGCAGCCACCUGGUGCUGCGCAGCCUGGGCUCCUACCUGUACCUCAAGCUCACCUUGGAUCUCUUCCAGAGGGGACACUUGGUCAUCAAAAGUGCCAGCUACAAGGUGGUACCCGUGUCUCUGUCUGAGCUGUACCUGCUGCAGUGCAACAUGAAGUUCAUGACCCAGUCCGCCUUUGAGAGAGCACUUCCGAUUUUAAAUGUGACCCUGGCGUCCCUCCACCCCAUGACGGACGAGCAGAUUUUCCAGGCUAUUAAUGCAGGCCACAUACAAGGGGAGCAGGGAUGGGAAGACUUUCAGCAGAGGAUGGAGGCCCUCUCCUGCUUCCUCAUUAAGCGGCGAGACAAAACCCGCAUGUUCUGCCACCCGUCCUUCCGGGAGUGGCUUGUGUGGAGAGCAGAUGGUGAAAACACGGCCUUCCUGUGUGAGCCCAGGAACGGACAUGCUCUCCUGGCGUUCAUGUUCUCUCGGCAGGAGGGCAAGUUGAACCGGCAGCAGACCAUGGAGCUCGGCCAUCACAUCCUGAAGGCACACAUUUUCAAGGGGCUCAGUAAGAAGACGGGAAUCUCAUCAAGCCAUCUCCAAGCCUUGUGGAUUGGGUACAGCACUGAGGGGCUAUCUGCUGCCCUCGCCUCUCUCAGGAAUCUCUACACUCCCAAUGUGAAGGUGAGCCGCCUCCUGAUUUUGGGAGGGGCCAACGUGAACUACAGGACGGAAGUGUUAAACAACGCCCCGAUCCUGUGUGUCCAGUCUCACCUCGGCCAUGAGGAAGUGGUCACUCUGCUUUUGGAAUUUGGCGCUUGCCUGGAUGGAAUGUCGGAGAAUGGCAUGACGGCGUUGUGCUAUGCCGCAGCUGCUGGCCACAUGAAGCUGGUGUGCCUCUUGGCCAAGAAGGGGGCGAGGGUGGACCAUUUGGACAAGAAGGGCCAGUGUGCACUGGUGCAUAGUGCCCUGAGGGGCCACGGUGACAUCCUCCGCUACCUACUGACCUGUGAGUGGGCGGCGGGUCCGCCCCAGCCAGGGGCACUGAGGAAGAGCCACGCCCUCCAGCAGGCGCUGACGGCGGCCGCCAGCAUGGGCCACAGCUCGGUGGUCCAGUGCUUGCUGGGGCUGGAAAAGGAACAUGAAAUAGACGUCAAUGGCACCGACUCGCUGUGGGGAGAGACAGCCCUGACUGCCGCUGCGGGACGAGGGAAGCUGGAGGUCUGCGAGCUGCUGCUGGAGCGUGGAGCUGCCGUGUCUCGGACUAACCGGAGAGGGGUCCCACCUUUGUUUUGUGCAGCGCGCCAGGGGCAUUGGCAGAUCGUUAGGUUACUGCUGGAACAUGGCUGUGAUGUGAACCUAAGUGACAAGCAGGGCCGGACGCCCCUCAUGGUGGCUGCAUGUGAAGGGCACUUGAACACCGUGGAAUUUCUCCUUUCAAAAGGGGCUGGCCUUUCUGCUCUGGACAAAGAAGGUCUGUCUGCAUUAAGCUGGGCUUGUCUGAAAGGUCACAAGUCAGUGGUCCAGUUUCUGGUCGAGGAAGGAGCUGAGAUAGACCAGACGGACAAGAACGGCCGCACUCCCCUGGACCUGGCCGCCUUCUACGGAGACGCAGAGACUGUGCUGUAUCUGGUUGAGAAGGGAGCCGUGAUUGAGCACGUGGACCACAGCGGGAUGCGUCCCUUGGACAGAGCCAUCGGUUGUCGAAACACAUCAGUAGUGGUUACACUACUGCGGAAAGGAGCCAAGUUAGGAAAUGCUGCUUGGGCGAUGGCCACUUCCAAACCUGAUAUUUUGAUUAUACUUUUACAAAAAUUAAUGGAGGAAGGAAAUGUGAUGUACAAAAAAGGGAAGAUGAAAGAGGCAGCCCAGAGGUACCAGUAUGCCUUAAGGAAGUUUCCUCGAGAAGGAUUUGGGGAGGACAUGAGACCAUUCAAUGAAUUAAGAGUUUCCCUGUAUCUCAAUUUGUCUCGCUGCCGAAGGAAAACAAAUGACUUUGGCUUGGCAGAAGAAUUUGCUUCCAAGGCUCUCGAAUUGAAACCAAAGUCCUAUGAAGCCUUUUAUGCCAGGGCAAGAGCGAAGAGAAAUAGCAGGCAGUUUGUGGCAGCUCUGGCUGACUUGAGGGAAGCAGUGAAACUCUGUCCCACCAACCAGGAGAUCAAGAGACUUUUGGCCAGAGUAGAAGAGGAAUGCAAGCAACUCCAGAGGAGCCAACAGCAAAAGCAGCAGUGCCCGCCUCCGGCUCCCCCCAAUGACUCAGAUAACGAAGAGGAUGUCACAACCCCGGUAUUAAAUGACCACUUUGAUCUUGAGGAGGCUGAAGAAGAAGAAACCUCUCCUCAGGAAGAGUCCAUUUCCCUGGCUCCUAGAUCCCAGCCAUCCUCAUCUGUCCCCUCGCCAUAUAUUCGAAACCUUCAGGAAGGGUUACAGUCUAAAAUGAGGCCAGUGUCCCCACAGAACAGGCCUGGAAUCAGCAAGCCCCUGCGCGAGCCUGUAGCCCAGCCAGGGCUGAUUAUGCAGCCCACCAAGCAGGCACAGAUCGUGAAAACCAACCAGCACCUGGGCUCUGGACAGUCUGCCUUGAGAAAUGGUAGUACAAAAAUUCAGGUCUCUUCUCAGAAUCCUCCUCUGAGUCCCAUGCCAGGUAGAAACGCUGCAACUCCUGCUAGUAGCAGAACCCAGCACUUAGAGGUCACAGGUACUUUCACUCUAGGAGCUGGCUCAGGCCACUUUGCAGAUCGCCUGGGGCCCAGCCACAGCGUCCAGCUGCAGCACAGUGAGAGUGUGGCUGCGUGUCCUUUACCCAGCAAGAUAAAAACCGCAGAGAGGCUUCUGGCUCAUGCCUCCUCCGUGGCUGCAGAUGUAGCCCCUUUAAGUCAAGGCGGGCCAAUGAGUGACAUGCGACACCCAGCUUCCCUGGCCAGCUCAGGCUCUUCUGGUUCCCCAUCUGGCAGCAUUAAGAUGUCAAGUUCCACCAGUAGUCUGACUUCAAGCAGCAGCUUUUCAGAGGGCUUCAAGGUCCAAGGACCAGAUGCUCGAAUGAAAGACAAGGUGGUUAACCAGGUCCCGAGCGGUACGGCUGAGCACAGACCACGCAAUACGCCCUUCAUGGGCAUCAUGGAUAAGACUGCAAGGUUCCAACAGCAGAGCAAUCCCCCAAACCGCACCUGGCACUGUCAAAUAUCAGAGGGGCUCUUGACAAACACAUCUUCUGCAGCUGGCCUGCAGGCCUCGAACUCUGAGAAGCCCACUCUCAAACAAGCAGGAGGAUAUACUAGCCAAGCCAAAACCUGCUCUGCUUCUACCCUGGGUGGGAGUGUUCACAAUGGUGCACAGGUGAAGGAGUUGGAAGAAAAGAAGUGCCAAAUGCCAGUGCACUGUCCAGAUAACAGGAUAAAUAAAACUGUGUCUCAUCUGUACCAGGAGAGUAUCUCCAAACAGCAACCUCACAUCAGCAAUGAAGCCCACCGGAGUCACCUCCCUUCAGCAAAACCAAAGCGAUCAUUCAUAGAGUCGAAUGUGUGAGCCUUGAGAGAGAUGCUUUUGUAGAACUUGGAAAACGGUGUGUUGGAGACAGACUGGUGGUAAUGAAAUGGUUUCUCAUGAGAAAAAUUUCAUUUUAGCCAUACCUUUUUUCCCCCCUCUGAUGCCAUUUUCCAGAUGCCAUUAUCAAACAGGUGGGAUAAAACUUCUUUAAUAGCUAGCUAGAAGUCACCAUAAAUAAGAAUGCUAACCAGAAUGGAAAACUACAAUUAGUUAAACCUAUUAAAUUAAAAUUUUAAGACAGUCAAGAAGACAUUAAUGCUAAUCUCUUAUUAAAUUGGAUUUUCCUCCCACUUUUCUCCUAGCCUGUGCUACAUGAUAAAAAUCACAGUAUUUCUUAGAGAAUAUACAUGUCUAGUGAUAGGUUUAACUCACGACCUAAUAGCCAAAGGGGAAAAAUUAUAUUUUCAAGUUGCCGUACCAUUGAGUCUAAUCCCAACUUAUAGAUAGAUAGAUAGAUAGAUAGAUAGAUAGAUAGAUAGAUAAAAUUAAGAUCUAAGUGAUUUCUAGCUGAACAUAAGUGUGACUAUAAAUGUUACAUAGUUGAUUUUUUUUUAAGGAAAAUAAACUUUCCCUUCAUAGCAGUUCCUUUAAGAGAAUUAAACACUCAUUUCCAUGUUUGUUUCUUACUCAAAAUAUUUUUAUAGCACCUUUUUUUGGAAUUAAAUUCAUGCUUCAAGAUGUUUUUAAUGUUUGGAAACAGUAUAAGCCAUUUGGAAUCACGAUUGGUGGUCAAAGUGGAUUAGGAUUAAGACCAGCAUUCUUGGUGACCUGUAAGUUAACUCUCAACUGGUUCUGAAACUGCUUGUAAGGUCCUUAAAGGACAGUAUUUAAUUUGGAUACUUACGGGAUGGUUGCUUAUUGUUUUUGUUUUAUUAUACAAUCACUGCUUUAUAGUCACAUGUUGUACAUAUUAAAUAGCCAAGUUGUAUUCGGACUUGUAAAUAUAACUAUUUCAAGCAAUCUUUUAAAAAGUCAUAUAUUUGCAUGUUCUUUGUAAGCUUCAUCCAUGCUGGUUAUUGCACUGAACAAUAUAUUAUUAUGGCAUGUUAACAGUAUACCAGUAACGGCACUUUAUCUCAUAUAUACGAGCACCUUUGAGGUGCUACUUAAGUCCAAACUGAUGUAUUAUUCAUUUAUAAAGAUGAGGUACAGGAAUGAAUCUUGGUUUAAAGGUAUUUUUAUAUGAAGAUGAUGUGCUAUUGGAGGAUGUCAGAAUGCUAGUUUGAGAGGUAGGAGUGUAUUUGUUUUCUAUGUUGGGGUGUGAAAUUUAUUUUCCAGAACUGGAGAGAAGGAAGUUCUAUAUUUACAGAGUGUUUUUACAAUGAUUAGUUGUAAUCAAGUUCCUGUGAGCAUCAUUAUGGUUUUGUACAAAAAGGAAUCUUCUGGUGUCAUUCUUCAGCAUUUGUUCCUGAGUAUGUACAUAUAGUACUCUGUACAGCUUUAUUGUUUUUUAUAGGCUUUUCAUGAGUUCUGCUAUAACUACUAUGGCUUAUUUAUUGUUUAUUGUUUUCUUUAAUGUUUGUGAAAGUCUUACUCUUCUGUUAUGUAGUUUUGUUUUCUGCACAACUACUGUACUUUUCCAUACGGAAUAAAGACUAUUAAUAGAAUUUGUUUCGCAUUAAAUGAAACAAUGGGUAAGUGGAGAAUAUCCUGAUCUUGCCUUGCUUUUCAUCCUGGGUGAUCCUGUUGUUCUAAACAGUGGAAAACACAUUUUUAGAGUUACUACUAAAUGCAUAUUUAGUUUCAUUUAAUAACUUCAGAACAAGGGUGGCAACUUCUAGAAACCCCAAACUAUUCAAGGGUCUAAAUUAAGUCUUUUGUCUGAAAGUAAUGACUUAUUCGUAUUCCUUAAUAAUAGACUUCAAGUUAUUGUCCGGUUACUGAUACUACUAUUAAGGUAAGUAAAUUAAUUUCAUUACUUCUUUAAAGCUAUAUAUUUAAACUAAGGUUUAAAAAACUAGGUGGAAAGGGAAAAGUAUUAAUAAUUGUUGUCAUUGUAUGACUUUUCCUGUAAAGCAGCCAGUGUGACUAUUAGAAAUAAUGGUACAUCAUGAUUUUUAUAUAUUCUUAGUGAAGAUAUUUGGUUCAGUUACCCCAAAAAGAAGUUUCCUUGGACAACUACUAGUCAGGUGAGUGCUGCUCAUGCGCGAUCCCAAACCAGCAGGCCAGAGAGUCCGCAGAGGGCUGUUGCAGUGUCCCUUCCUUUAGUGGAUGGAAUUUUGAUUUGUGUAGUGUUUUGCUUAUGUGUUUGUGGAGAAGUUGUUUAUAUACCAAACUAGCAUUUCAUUUUAGUAAGUUAUUAAUAGUUUCGUCUUUAACAAUUUUGUUUUAUAAGAAACUCUCCUGGUGAAUCAUGGAAAAGAAAAUCACUGGCACUUUAGAAUUAGGUGAUCUUUGUGUUUUCUACCGAUGAGUUUGUGGUUUGGGUCACUUUUGGUAAUUUUUAUGUAAAAACCAUCUAUCCUUGAGAAAGUGUUAUCAAAGUGAGAGAUUUGGUCUAGUGACCAGCUUUUAUCAAUUAAAAAAAGUCACAAUUAUGUUAGCAUACUUUCUCUUUAGAAAUAUAUAAAUAUAGAAAACCUUCCCAUCUUUUUUUUCCUCAUAGAUGAAAAGCAUCUGUAGUAUGGGGUGGGGGGAGGGAGGAACUCUUCUAAAAUCAUAAAUUGUGAAUUCUAGCUGUGGCACAAGGGAAGUAAAUCCAUAAUACAUCCGAAUGACAGAAACUUUACAAAGCAACAAUUCAAAAGGCAUCUGAAGAUUUCUCUGGUAAGUACAAUUUCCACCUUUCUCUGAACAUAUGUCAGCUAUAGUCUAUAAAAUACAGGAAAAAACGCAAUGAUAUAAUUACAUUACUCUUAAUUUUUAACAACUGCAAUAAGGAUUUUGGGGGUAUAUACAGAAUCUUGCUCCCUUUAUUGUAACAAGCUUUCUCACUAGUGGCCUCUGUCCCUGUAAACAACUCGUGACAAGUAUAUAAAGUCAGAACAAUCUCAACUUCCUGAAAUGGAGGCUUUCUUCAUGAGUGAAUGCUUAUCCAGGUGUGGUAGUAAAUAACAGUGUGUUGUAUAAAAAUGUUUUGUUACCCUAAUUUAGAAUUCUUGACGUUCUUAUGUAUUAUUCUAAAAGAGGCUAAUUUCCCACUUUAUAUAAUUCAGCAAAGUCUAAUUGGCAUGUUAGUGAUAAUUAAUUCCAUGUAACCAGGUUUGGACAAUGGGAGAAAAAUUACCACCUUGCAAAUUUUGAGUCCAACGAAAUGCUCCCAUUCGACAUAUCAUGGUUAUUUUCUGAACUUAGUCAUAAACAAAUCUGCAAACUCUUUAGAUUCCAAAGAGCAACUUAAUGGCUUUUUACUGGAAUAUGACCUAUAACAAGAAUAGAUUUGGACAUUGCAUUUAAAGUAAAACUUUAUUACUCUACAAGAUUUUUUCAGUACUACAAAAAGACAUAGUAAAAAAUAGACAAGUAGUUAGAUGUAUAAUUCAACCACACAUUUUUAAGGAAUGAAAAUAAUAAAUCAUCCUCAAGGUUUACCUUUCAACAAUUCCUGGUUAGUAUUUACCUUUAAAUCAUUCAACUGAAAAUAUAAGUAAUACAAUAUAAUAUAAAUGAUUUAUUUUUGAUGUGUUUCUAACCAUCGAUUGAUGGCCAUUUUCAGAGUCCGAUUUGGUGUAAGUACCAUUGAAGGAAGAACAAGAUUUGUCAUGGGACUUGUACGUUUCUUUUUGCUGAUCCAAUUUUCCAUUGCUUCCUUUUCAUAUGAAUAGCCAUCUAAAAAAUAAUAACACCACAUACAUUAUUUGCAAUAUAGGAAAAAACUGAGUUGGUGAUGACAACUCCAUUGCCACAGCCGUUACUAUGAUUAAGUGGUAUGUUGUCUUGUACAACUACUCUUAAAAUAUCUUUGCCACAAUACUCUAAAUUCUGAGAUGCUUUAACAUCGCACAGAUUUCCUUGAACCAGUGUCAUAAGCACUUGAACACUACAACGGAAAAGAUUAAUAGCCCCAUUAGCUGUGUGUUUAAAUUAAUGGCUAAAGAUGAAAAAGCCUUAGGAAUAACUCACUAAAACUUUCUGACACACGUAAGAGUCAGGGAAAGAUACCCAGAAAUUAUAAAACUCAACCCACUAAGGAAUCAACAUAAAGAUUUAUGAUUCAAAAAAAAAAAAGCUACUAGCUAAGGUUUUUAAUGCCAUGUUCUUGCAAAAUUCUUUGCUUUUGUAUAUGUUGGAAAGAUGAGUUUUCACCUAAUUUCUUUCAAUUACUUUCAUUUUAAUACUUGGUAGCUCUUAAACAAAAUCAUAUUUCCAAUUAUAUUUACACAAUAACCUAUUUUCAUCUGCAAUGCAUACACUUUUAAGCUAAUAACGCCAAUAUACUGCUAAUAUAAGACUGAGAAAAUUUAUGAUUUCUUUCUGGCACUUCCUGUCACCAAGAUAGACCCACUAGGGUUGUGUAAUUGAAAUACUGUGUUUGAAAAUUACUUGGAAAAAAAGAUUCCAUUUGUUACCAACUUGACAAUUUUGUCCACUUGCCUCCCUUUUCAUCUUAAGAUUUCAAAAUAAACACUAAAACAAGGCACAUUCGGGAGUCUACUCUCCCCAUUUUGGUAAGCAUGUAUUAGGAGCGCUGGGUUGCGAGGCUGCCCGCGGCCUCUGCGGUGCCGGUUCGAUCCCCGGCUGCUCCCCGGCCACCCGAGGAGGGUCCCACAUGGCGCGCGGACCUCUCCUGCCGCCCGCUGCUCCCCUCGGCAGUGUGCUUUGGUCCUUCUGCCUGCUCUGCUCCCCGCUCUGGCUCUGGUGAAUUCUCUCACCCUCCCGCGCUUCUGACUAUACCCAGUGCAUGUACAAACAAAACAAACAAGCAAACAAAUAAAGAAAAACAUGCCUCUAUUAAAAAAAAAAUAUAUAUAUAUAAGCAAAUGCAUGUAUAUACACAAUACAUUUACAGUCUUACAGAAAAGCUGGUUGGCUGGUUGGUUUUUAAACUCGUUCUUGCUUUUCUCCCUCCGACAGAAGCCUCAUGUGGAGGUACUGAUGGACAUCUGGGUUGUUUCCAAUCCAUGCCUUUUAUAAAUAGUGCUGUAAUGAAUAGUCUCAAUUUGGGGGAGAGUCCAGAAAUGACUACUACGUCAAAGGUUAAAUGUGUAUAAAUUUGCUAGAUAUGCCAAUACUUUCUAGGCAUAAUAGUACUUCUUAUUAGAAAUGUUAAGAGUGCCUUUCUCUGUAGAUCUUCACCAAGAGAAUAUUACCAAACUGGGUAUUUACCAGACUUUCAUGGGCAGCAUGAUACAGUAUAUCAAGUUGUUGAAAUGAACAUUUUUUCCUCAUGUUUUAAAAGCCACUGGCUUUCAUUCCUAUGAAACUGUUCUUAUUUUUUGGCCUAUUUUUGCCCUGAGGAAGAUUUAUUUAAUUGAGAUACAAUGACCAUUCAUUUCAGGUACACGACAUAAUUGGGUAUUUGUGAAAUGAUCACAGUGAAUCAUUAACUAGACUCAUAAUACAAAUCGCUGCUUUUCUCCUGAUGAGGACUUUUAAGUUCUAAUGUCUUCACAACCUCUAAUACAGAAUGCAGUAUUAACUAUAGUAGCCAUAUUAUAUAUUACUUUACCACUGAAAGUGUAUCUUUUGACCACCUUUGCCCACUCCAAAGUCCAAUCUGUUCUCUAUGAAUUGGAUGUUUUUUUAAUUCCACAUGAAGUAAGCUCAUUUCAACAGAUUUUGCCACUUUUUGCUUUGGAGAUAUAAUUCACAUAUCACAUUCCUCUAUCAGGAAACCUUAUAUCCAUUAGCAGUGACUGCCUUCUAUCUCUGAAUUUGCCUAUUCUGGACAUUUCCUGUAAAUAGAAUCAUAACAUAGUGCCUGGCUGCUCUCACUUAACCAUGCUAUGGAAAAACCAUGUAAAAUUAUAACGGAUUUUUUUGUAUGACUACAUACUAUUCUGUUAUAUGGAGAGAGCACAUUUUGCCCAUUCACUAAUAGACCACUGAGUUGUUUCCACUUCUUAGCUAUAAGGCUGCUAUGAACAUUUAUCUGCAACUUUUUGUAUGACUAUAUCUAGGCAUACAGUUACUGGGUCAAAUGGUAACUUGAUUUUGAACUGUCAGCAGCAUAUUCUUGCCAACUCACAGUAUUUACAUUUUUUUUCCUACCCUGGGGUGUGUGUAGUAUCUCAUUAUGGUUUUGAUUUGUGUUUCCCUAAUGAAAUUUAACCUUUCCAAGUGCUUAUUGGUGAUGUAUGUAUCUUCCCAGAAAUGUGUAUUCAAAUCCUUUGCCUAAUGUUUUUAUUUGGGUAAUAUCUGUCCUACUGUUGAGUUGUAAAUAUAGUUUGAGUAGGCACAUACAUUCAGUAUGCUGAGUAUAGUGAUCCUCUUACACUGUAGCACACUGGUCUUAAGUUAUGCGUAUGUUACUAUGUGAAAUAUUGUGAGCUCAGUGACAAUAAUAAAACUAAAUCUAAGAGUAUAUAAAAGGGCCCACUUGUUCUUUAGUUACAUGCCAUGUGGUGACACGAUCUGGUGCUUAAGUAUGCUUAAUACUUAGUAUUUAUGAAUGCCCAUUGUGCAUUAAAGGUAUAAUUUUUAUUUUGAAAAUUCAGUUUGCUACAUUAAUGUACCUUCUCCUUACACUGUGUAUUGCUAUGUUCAGGACUACAUAGCUUGUCAUUGUUACCAUGGUGUUUGAUAUAGUAUUCUAUGUUUUUUAAAAAAUUCCUUUGAUCUGAAUUGCAAUAGUCAUUUUUGCCUAUCUUUUUCAUUUGUAACUUUUCUGAAUUUUUCAGGUGGAGCUGUCUUUUUAAAGACAAAGUCAACUUGGUGCUUACUACUGAAAAUAUGAAAGGCAAACCAAGUAACUAAGCAAAAAGGAGCAAGAGCCAAGAUUAAAAUGAACAAGACAAAAUACUGUCAAGAAUAUUUUAAGCCCAAGGACAUGUCUGGAGGAGUGCUGCAAAACAUUACAAUCAGAAGGCCAGACUCAAUGACAUACUUGAGACCAGAUGUCCAGGAGAGCAAUAAGGAGCUCCAGAAGCCAGAUAUCACAAACUCCUGGCAGUGAUGAAGGCCUGCUUACUGCUGAACAACUGUCUUUAACUCACAAGAAGCCAGCUGGAAAUGAAGUGUUACAGUGGUUUCUUUAGGGUGUUAACUCCUCCUCCUCCCAUCUUCCAUAUUGCUGGCUGUUUGAUUAAAGAAUAUCUUAAAGAUUCAAUUCCUGUCUCUGAUUAUUGGAUUUGGUAGUGACAGGAGGCCCGGCCCUGGACUUCUGGUUACAAUACUACACAAGGUAGUCUACAGAGUCAGUGCAAUCCCCAUCAAAAUCCCAAUGACAUUUUAUACAGAAAUACAAAAAUUCCUGCCGAAUUGUAAGAGAUACUGAAUAGCCAAAGCAAUUUUGGGAAAAGACACUUGAUGAUUUCCAAAGUUAUAACAAAAUGACAGUUAUCGAGAGUAUGGUACUGGCAUAAAGACACAUGUAUAAACUAAUAAGUUAGUUCAGAAAUAAACAAGUUUAGCUAAGACCAUUUAAUAGGAGAAAGAACAGUUGCUUCAAAUGUUUGUGGGAAACUGGAUAUGUACAUACAAAAGAAAGCUGGAUCCUUACCUUAGAUCAUAUACAAAGGUUAAAACAGAUCAAAAACCUAAAUGUAAUAGCUAAAAUAAUAAGGCUCUAAUAAGAAUAUAUAGGAGAAAUGCUUCCUGAACAUCGGAUUUGGUGAUUUCUUGAAUGAAACCAACAGCACAGCUAUUAAAAGAAAAUUAAAAUGAAAAACAUAUUAAAGGACUAAAAUAGAAUGAAAAAGAAAUCCAUGAAAUGGGAGCUAUCAAUGCCUUAUCAGAUAUGAUUUGCAAAUAUAUCUAAAAUAUAUAAAAAAUACAACUCAAUGAAAAACCACCAGAUUGAAAAGUGGGAAAGGACUUCAAUAUUUCUUCAAAGUACAACACAACCAGUAAGCACAUAAGAAAUUCAACAUCCCUAAUCAUUAGAGAAAUGCAAGUCAAAAUUACAAUGUUGUAUCACCUCAUAUCCAUCAGAAUGGCUAGUAUGAAGAAAAAUGCCAACUAUUAGUGAGAAUGUAGAAAAAUUGGAACCCAUGCACUAGUGGGGGGAAUGUAAAAUGGCGCAGCCACUAUUGGGAAGGGUAUGGUGGUUACCUCAAAAUUAAAUACAGAAUUACUACCUGAACUAACAAUUCCACUUCUUGGCAGAUAUAGCCUUAAGAACUGAAAGCAAGGAUUUGAGCAGAUAUUUGCACACACUAUUCACAGCAGCAUUAGCCACUAGAUAAUAGACAAAAAGGUAAAUACAACCCAAAUGUUCAUGACAGGAUAAUUUGAUAAACUAUAGCAUAUACAUAUGAUGGCAUAUUUUUCAGCCUUAAAGGGGACAGGCAUUUUUACACAUUACAAUGUGAAUGAACCUUGAAGACAUUACACUAAGUAACCCAAACACAAAAUAACAAAGAUUAUAAGAUACCAAGAGAAGUCAAAUUUAGAGUGAUGGAUAUUAGAUUGGUGGUUUCCAGACACUGGGUGAAGAGGGAAACAAGAGUUACUAUUUAGGGGAUAUACAGUUUGUGCUAUACAAGAUGAAGAGGUUUGGAGAUAGAUGGUUGAUAAU